CUUAAAACAUGAAAUUUGUUAUGUUUGGUAGGUUAGUGAUGCGACUAAACUGAGGCCAAAGGCAGAAUUCUGUUUUGUAAUGAAUGCAGGGAUGAGGAAAUACUUCCUACAAGCCAAUGAUCAGCAAGACUUAGUUGAAUGGGUAAAUGUCCUGAACAAAGCUACCAAAAUCACAGUACCAAAGCAGGCUGAUUCAUUGUCUCAAAGUGAUAAUCCAGCAUGUCACACUGAAAAUCUGAGGUUAAAGAAGCAAAUGUCUUACAGAACAGAAAUUGUUGGUGGUGUUCCUAUAAUAACUCCUACUCAGAAAGAAGAGGUAAAUGAAUGUGGUGAAGGUGAUAAAAACUACUUGAAACGGUCCCAAAGCCACCUUCCUUACUUUUCCGCCAAGCAUCCCGCAGAUAAUGCUGUGAUCAAAGCUGGCUACUGUGUUAAACAAGGAGCUGUGAUGAAGAACUGGAAAAGAAGGUACUUCCAGUUAGAUGAAAACACAAUAGGCUAUUUUAAAUCUGAACUGGAGCAUUCCAACUGUUCUUCAGAAUCCAGCUGUCCUGCAGAAACAGCAGCAGCCACCCCACAUUCCACAACCACUCACAGCUCCUCUGUGGUCCAAAACCUUAACAGCAAGCCCACUGUCAUGGAAAAGCGAAGAUUUCACGAAUCUUUUACCAAGACCAAGUCAGGGAGCUUCAAGAUCCAGGCUGUCUCUUCAGGAGACUCAACUUCCAAAAUGACUUUACAGGGCCUGUUGGAACCUCAAAAUAAAAAUGGCGCUCAGGAACAGGAUUCAGGCCCUGUGGAUUUGGAUGAUGCAAGCCUUCCAGUCAGUGAUGUGUAAUAAUGGAAGAAUUUGGGGAAAUGAUGCAUUUGUUUUUGGUCCUUGAAUUUCCUUGCUCAGACUUUAGCCAAAGAUGACUAUGGGAUAAAAGAACAAAGAAUGGAAUGUUGCUUAUAUAGAUCUGUAUGUACAUGCAUACAUUCAAAUCUGUGUGUAUUUAGAUACUGUACUCAUAUAAUGCCUUCCAUUGAUUAUCAGAGUGGGCCUUUUGCUUUCUCUGUAGCCUGAAGACAAAUUUUUAAUAGGGAGGGGCCAAAAUUGAUUAAAAUACAUGUUGUUGAUAAGUAAAGUGCCAGCUGAACUUAUUCAGUUUGGCAGAAGUGAGUAGCAUCUUAGUGCUAUAAUAAAUGUCAACAUAUGACUUGUGAUCUGUCACUUAAUUAUGUAAGUCUGGAUGACAUACAAGUUGACUUUUUUCCCCUAAAAAUACUGGCACACCUUUUCAGACAACUGAGUAUAUAGAUGAAGAGUCUGUUCUUACAGGAUCAGGACUGCAGAAACUGUCGGUAACAUAAUGCACUUUUCCUAUGCAAAGAGAGUUUUCGUAUAAAGUAAAAAAAAUACAAAAAUGUUGCUGCAGUGUCUGAAAUGAGGAGUGCUCCCCCAAUAGUUAAUACACAGAUUUGCGAGCCACUACAUAAUCUAUGUGUGUAAUUACAGAAUGAAAAAGGUUUGUGCUGCAUUUCAGACAUUACAGAAAAUGUGUGUUAACUUACAUGGAAGUGCGUAUCUAAAAGAUCACUUAAUGCUGACAUAAGUGUGAUGACUUAAUUGGGACUCCUUUGUAACUGCUCUGUAAAUCACUGCCCUGCUCUGAGAAUCCAACUCCCUUAGAAUCCCUAGUAUUUGGUGCUGUGAAACUUACAUAAGAGUAAUACAGCUAUUUUGAAUAUUAAGCCUAUUUUUGAUGCACUCCUAAAGAUGACUUGUAACUUUUGCACAUUUGGAUAUUAAUGGACCACCAAUAAGUAAGGAUGCUAUAUGGAUUUUUUUAAAAAGGGAGAAGGGAAACUGGACUACUAAAUCUUCUAAAGGUUUAUCUAAAAGUAUUUUAUAUUAGGCUUUGAAAAAAAAUUAAAUGCUUAAAACUGUUGUGUAAGGUUUUUUUUUCUUUUGUGCGAUCCUUUUCUCCAGUGUGUUGUAAAUGAUUUCCAUUUUAUAUUUGAGUCAUUAAAAAACUGAACAAAAUUGUUUCAUUCUGUUAAGUGGUACUGAAUUGUUCGGUAAUGCAAUUGUGGCCUGUAACUUUUGCUGCACUAAUUUUAUUAAAAGUGCCUGUGGGUUCUUCCUUCAUGAUAUGUUAAAUGUUUGGGGGUAGUUACUGGAUUUUGCUUUUGUGGUUUUGAAUCUUGAAGUGAAAUUACUUUGUAUAGUUCAGUUGACCAUGUUUAUCAUGAUAUGCUAGGGUUUCCAGCAGAUUGGUAUCUUAUCACUUGUGCUUCAGUGAUGAGAAACAAAAUAUUUGAAGCUGAUGCUGGAUGUGUGAUCAGAUGAGUAUGCAUUAUUUGUGGCUAUAUUGUGAAAAUGUUUGCUUUAAUUAAAAGCCCCCAAAUUUCAAAUGAUGCUGGUUUAUGCAGUUCACAUUUUCUAGUUUUCACUAGUCUAAUUGUUUAAAACCAUAUGCUGAUAAUGCUUGACAAAACAGGCAACAAAGGGAGGUUUGAGUGAAAAAUACCCACUUCAGUAACACAGUCAGUAAUUAGGUUAUGUUUUAUUAGUGUAAACUCCAUUUUUUAAAAAGUUAAUAGUUGAGAAAGGAAGUGCUGUGGGAUGUUAUAUUAGCCCCAUAAAACCUUGGCCUGCUGUCUUCUUCAUGCUAUUAUUUGUCCCCUUGUGUUCCACUCCAAUUCACUGAGGGAUUUUUCACUUUUCAGAGUAAGUUGCUGGUGACAUUCAGCCAUUCCAGUCCUAAAACCUCAUUGACAGAAGGCAGUGGUUCAAGGACUGGGCACUGGGACUUGAUGGCUCUAGUUUUCUAGACUAUCACAACUUUUUUUUAAGUUAGCAUUUUUUUCAAAUGAAACAACUCAAUCAUUGCCUUCCUAAUUGCUUAAACUUGCUCAGAAUUUGACAGUAAAAAAUUGGUAGAGCGUGGGAUAGUUAACCUUCUCUUUUACUGCAUGCCAUUUCAUGGCUUCAGGGAAUUUUUCUGUAGCUACUUAGAAUGACUGACAUGUAUCUUCUUUGAAAGAUAUACUGUAUAAAGAAAAAGAGGAAGUGUAGAGUAACACUUGUGGUCCAGCAACUAUCUUUACAUAUAAGCCCAACUUCCAUCUUUUUUUUAUUCAUUGUAAUGAACUUAUUGGUUUGUUUCUUGAAGCUUAAAACAUUUGCACCUUCCUCAUUUGGUCCUGGUCUUUUUUAACUGCUCAGAUUAUUCAGAGGUGCAGAACAUAUGGCCCGCCAGAUGUUGAUGGACUGAAAUUGCCAUCAGCUCUAGCCAGCAUAGCUGAUGGCAAUAGAUGGUGGGAGUGCAGUCUAACAAUGUCUGGGGAGUCACCUGAGCUAAAUAGUUCCAGGUUACAAAUUACUAUAGCAUAUUGAUAUCCUUCCUGGAAAAUCUUUUCAUCUAAUGCUGUGUCUUCACAGAAAUGCUGCUGACAUUUAAUGAGAGGAUUUGUUCUGUGCCUGAGUCAGUGGAUCAUUCUCUUUUCUUCAUUUUAAGUUUUACAUAAUAAUGACCAAGAGCCACAAGUAUUUUGCCUUCUUGGUACAGACUGAAGAUUACUUUUCUCUGAUCCAUUUGUCUCUUCUUUGCUUUAGCAUUCUUUUGUGAAUUUUUAGCAUUCUACCUAUGUAGCUACUCAUUUUGUCUUCCAGCAUGUUAACAGCUUGGAUCAUUGAUUUCCACAAAUCAGAAUAGUCAGCUUCUAUUUCAUUAAAGUUACUCCCAUCUUUUUCUUUACUUUUUAGCGUAAUGACAAUUGAAAGGCACAUGGGUGCAAGUAUACAAAAUCAACAUGUUAAUAAAAUAAAAAUCCCAAUUUGCAUGUUUGAGGGGGAAGAGUGUAUAUAGAAACAUAUAUAAAAAUUUGGUCCCAAGACUCAAAACUGAAAUGGGAAAAGAAUGUAAGCAUGGACAAAGUCUAAAGAUGGAGUAGUAACAAUGCCAAAUGAUUGUGAUCUUGUUUCAAAUUGAUUCAGUAUAGCAGCACCUUUACAUUUCUUAACUGUAAGCUAAACAUUUACAAGCAGUGUUUGUAAAUUACACUUAUUUGCCUUCUCAGUUACAUGUGAUCAGAUAAGUUGAAUGUUAUAAUAAGUCUAGUUUAGUACCAUAUAUUUUAACUUGUAACAAAUUUAGCCAAUAGUUAUAUGAAUCCUUAUUUUUCACAAAUACAUACUUUGUGGGAGAAACUGAAUUGGAAUGUUUGUAUUGCCAUACUUUAAUGUAGUUUUAGAUUUCUUGGUUCUGGUACAGUUUCCACACUGCAUGUUAAUCUUGUUUUGAUAUUGCCAGUUUUCAACAAUGAAUCAGAAACAAAGCAGUACCUUUUAUGGGGUUCUUUUAAAAUCAGAUUUCUUAGAUAGCUGAAUAGUGUGGGAAAUAUUUGUGGUUGAUAAAUUGUCAGGGUCUCUUAUUUAUCAGUACUUUUUUAUAUAAAAAUGAUGAAAAAUGUUAAAUUAUUUUAGAACCUGUGGUGUUUUCUGUAAAUGUCACACUUGUGAAUAAAUUGACUUCUAUGACAAAACAUAACAAUCCUAUCAGACUACUACAUUUAGUGCAUUUCAAAAGAUAAAUUGUUAACUGUGAAAACUAUUUUUGUAUACCAUCUCUUGUUCUUUUCUUGGAUUCACAAAAAACUGAAUUAAGUUUAUAUAUAUGAACAAAAACUGCCCUGUGUAAACUUUGCUGUCUUUAGUACAAUGAUCUGUUAGUACCUUUUAAAUAGACAGUGAUCCCCACAGAUGAUAGAAAUAUAGCAUAAUGCACAGGUUUUGCACACACAGAGAAUGGAAGCCUGUCACAUACAGAGUGAUGUUGAGAACUGAGUGCUCUUGAAAUGACAUUCCUUUGGGAUGACAUUUAAAGCUCUAAAUGGCUUGGGACCUCAAUACUUGAGAGAGCACCUCUCCUGUUAUGUACCUGUCUGAGGAUUACAGUCUUGUGGGGUGAAGCCUAUUUAUUUAUUUAUUUAUUUAUUUAUUUAUUUAUUUAUGGGAUUUUUAUUCCACCUUUCUCCCAAUAUGGGAUUCUCUGUGUACCCCCAGUGAAAUGAAUACAUUGUGUUGACAUGGGAGAGUGCCUUCUCUGCUACAGUACCCCAACUGUGGAAUGCCCUCUUCUUAGAGGCCUAACAGCUGCUGCAAAUACUCAUGUCAUAUAGGCACCAAGUUGAAACUUGGCCAUUCAUCAAAGGCUUUAAGCCUCAUUAAUUCAUCCCAGAUAUGGUGGUGCAUACAAGCUUUUAAAUCUGUUUUUAACUUAUUUAACACAUUUUGCCUUAUUUCAUAAUUUUAUUGUUUUAAACUGUUCAAUUUACUUUAAUGCUGUUUGUAACCCAACCUUAGAUCUCUGUUUUAGCUUGGGAAUAAAUAACAACAACAAUAAUAUUGCAAUAA